GAGAUAGUGGAUAGCCGUCUUCAAAAAUGGAGGAUGGAAAGCCCGUUUGGGCACCACACCCUACAGAUGGAUUCCAGAUGGGCAAUAUUGUGGAUAUUGGCCCCGACAGCUUAACAAUUGAACCCUUGAGUCAGAAAGGCAAGACAUUUUUGGCUGUUAUAAAUCAAGUGUUUCCUGCAGAAGAGGACAGCAAAAAGGAUGUGGAAGAUAACUGUUCACUAAUGUAUUUAAAUGAAGCCACACUGCUCCAUAAUAUCAAAGUUCGGUAUAGUAAAGACAGAAUUUAUACAUAUGUCGCCAACAUCCUGAUUGCAGUGAAUCCAUACUUUGACAUACCUAAAAUAUAUACUUCAGAAACAAUCAAGUCUUAUCAAGGGAAAUCUCUUGGGACAAUGCCACCUCACGUCUUUGCAAUUGCUGAUAAGGCUUUUCGAGACAUGAAGGUGCUCAAGAUGAGUCAGUCUAUCAUUGUAUCUGGAGAGUCAGGAGCUGGCAAAACAGAAAAUACAAAAUUUGUUUUAAGAUAUCUGACAGAAUCCUAUGGAACAGGUCAAGACAUUGAUGAUAGAAUUGUUGAAGCCAACCCACUCUUAGAAGCUUUUGGAAAUGCAAAGACUGUUCGCAACAAUAAUAGCAGUCGAUUUGGGAAAUUUGUAGAAAUUCAUUUCAAUGAAAAGAGUUCAGUCGUUGGAGGAUUUGUUUCACAUUAUCUACUAGAGAAAUCUAGGAUCUGUGUUCAAGGAAAAGAGGAAAGGAACUAUCAUAUCUUUUAUAGGUUGUGUGCUGGUGCAUCUGAAGAUAUUAGGGGAAAACUUCAUUUGAGCUCCCCAGAUAAUUUUCGGUAUUUAAACCGAGGCUGCACUAGAUACUUUGCUAACAAGGAAACUGACAAACAGAUUUUACAGAACCGCAAAAGUCCUGAGUAUCUUAAGGCAGGUUCCUUGAAAGAUCCUCUGUUAGAUGACCAUGGAGACUUUAUUAGAAUGUGCACAGCCAUGAAAAAGAUUGGUUUGGGUGAUGAAGAAAAGCUCGAUCUGUUUCGGGUGGUGGCUGGUGUCCUGCACCUGGGAAAUAUUGAUUUUGAAGAAGCCGGCAGCACUUCAGGUGGUUGUAACCUGAAGAAUAAAUCUACUCAGUCUUUGGAAUAUUGUGCUGAGUUAUUGGGUUUGGAUCAAGAUGAUCUUCGUGUGAGUUUAACCACAAGAGUCAUGCUUACAACAGCAGGGGGCACUAAAGGAACAGUUAUCAAGGUGCCCCUGAAAGUGGAGCAAGCAAACAAUGCCCGUGAUGCAUUGGCAAAGACCGUGUAUAGCCAUCUCUUUGAUCAUGUGGUAAACAGAGUAAAUCAGUGUUUUCCUUUUGAAACAUCGACAUAUUUUAUUGGCGUGCUAGAUAUUGCUGGCUUUGAGUACUUUGAACAUAACAGUUUUGAACAAUUUUGCAUCAACUACUGCAAUGAAAAACUUCAGCAAUUUUUUAAUGAAAGGAUUCUGAAGGAGGAACAAGAACUCUAUCAAAAAGAAGGUCUAGGGGUUAAUGAAGUGCAUUAUGUGGAUAAUCAGGACUGUAUAGAUUUAAUUGAAGCAAAAUUAGUGGGAAUACUGGAUAUUUUGGAUGAAGAAAAUCGUCUUCCCCAGCCAAGUGACCAACACUUUACGUCUGCAGUUCACCAGAAACAUAAGAACCAUUUCCGACUCACUAUUCCCAGAAAAUCUAAACUUGCAGUUCAUAGAAAUAUCAGAGAUGAUGAAGGCUUCAUUAUUAGACAUUUUGCAGGAGCAGUGUGCUAUGAAACAACUCAGUUUGUAGAGAAAAAUAAUGAUGCCCUACACAUGUCCCUUGAGUCUUUAAUAUGUGAAUCCAGAGAUAAAUUUAUACGGGAAUUAUUUGAAUCAUCCACAAAUAACAACAAAGAUACUAAACAAAAAGCAGGAAAACUCAGCUUCAUCAGUGUGGGAAACAAAUUUAAGACACAGUUAAAUUUGCUUCUAGAUAAACUUCGAAGUACUGGAGCAAGCUUUAUUCGUUGCAUCAAACCCAAUUUAAAAAUGACAAGCCAUCACUUUGAAGGUGCUCAAAUUUUGUCUCAACUUCAGUGUUCAGGUAUGGUGUCUGUUUUGGACUUGAUGCAGGGUGGUUUUCCUUCACGGGCCUCAUUUCAUGAACUCUAUAACAUGUAUAAAAAAUAUAUGCCAGAUAAACUUGCAAGAUUGGAUCCAAGACUGUUUUGUAAGGCUCUUUUUAAAGCUUUGGGCUUAAAUGAAGUUGACUAUAAGUUUGGGUUGACGAAAGUAUUUUUUAGACCUGGCAAGUUUGCUGAAUUUGAUCAGAUUAUGAAGUCUGACCCUGACCACUUGGCAGAGUUGGUGAAAAGAGUCAAUCACUGGCUCAUCUGCAGUCGCUGGAAGAAAGUUCAGUGGUGCUCACUCUCGGUUAUUAAAUUGAAAAACAAAAUAAAAUAUCGAGCUGAAGCCUGUAUUAAAAUGCAGAAAACAAUUCGAAUGUGGCUUUGCAAAAGGAGACACAAACCUCGCAUUGAUGGCCUGGUUAAGGUGGGCAUGCUGAAAAAACGACUUGAUAAAUUUAAUGAAGUAGUGAGUGCACUGAAGGAUGGAAAACCAGAAGUGAAUAAACAGGUUAAGGAUCUUGAAAUCUCUAUUGAUGCUUUGAUGUCCAAAAUUAAGUCCACUAUGAUGACAAGGGAACAAAUACAAAAAGAGUACGAUGCACUAGUUAAAAGCUCUGAGAAACUCCUCAGUGCAUUACAGAAGAAAAAACAACAGGAAGAGGAAGCAGAAAGGUUGAGACGUAUUCAAGAAGAAAUGGAAAAAGAAAGAAAAAGACGUGAAGAAGAUGAGCAGCGUCGAAGAAAGGAAGAGGAAGAAAGGCGAAUGAAACUUGAGAUGGAAGCAAAGAGAAAACAAGAAGAAGAAGAGAGAAAGAAAAGGGAAGAUGAUGAAAAGCGUAUUCAGGCUGAAGUGGCAUUGCAGCUGGUCCAACAGCGAGAGGAGGAAUCUCAGCAGCAGGCUGUUCUGGAGCAGGAACGGCGGGACCGGGAGUUGGCCCUAAGGAUUGCUCAGAGCGAAGCCGAGCUCAUCACCGAAGAGGCCCAGGCUGAUCCAGCGCUCCGGAGAGGUCCUGCUGUACAAGCCACCAAGGCAGCUGCUGGUACCAAGAAACAUGAUCUCAGUAAAUGGAAAUACGCAGAACUACGUGAUACCAUCAAUACUUCCUGUGAUAUUGAGCUCCUGGCAGCUUGCAGAGAAGAAUUUCAUAGGAGACUAAAAGUGUAUCAUGCGUGGAAAUCCAAGAACAAGAAGAGAAAUACUGAAACGGAGCAACGCGCUCCAAAGUCUGUUACUGACUAUGAUUUUGCGCCAUUUUUGAACAAUUCACCUCAGCAGAACCCAUCAGUUCAGCUUCCUGCCAGGCAGCAGAUGGAAAUGAACCGGCAGCAGCGCUUCUUCCGCAUCCCAUUCAUCCGCCCUGCUGAGCAGUACAAAGACCCACAGAGUAACAAAAAAGGCUGGUGGUACGCCCAUUUUGAUGGACCCUGGAUUGCUAGGCAAAUGGAACUCCAUCCUGACAAGCCACCCAUCCUUCUUGUAGCCGGUAAGGAUGACAUGGAGAUGUGUGAGCUGAAUCUUGAUGAGACAGGCCUCACGCGAAAGCGUGGUGCUGAGAUUUUGCCAAGACAGUUUGAAGAAAUUUGGGAACGCUGUGGAGGCAUCCAGUAUCUUCAGAAUGCGAUUGAGAGCAAGCAGGCUAGGCCCACGUAUGCAACAGCCAUGCUGCAGAAUCUAUUAAAGUAAAAUACUGUAUACUAAUCUUGUAGCUGGGAGCUCUUGCUUAGGUUCUAAGGUGUGUACCCCCAAAAUUUCACUCCUUCAUGAUCAUGUUAGAGUUACUUAUACAAAGUGAACAGAUUUUAUUAAUCAUGGGUUUUUGCUAAUUUGUUUAAGGUUAAUUGUAUUAGUUAAUUAUGAAUUCGGGACCUGAAAAUUAUUUU